GAGAACAGCCGCGCCGCUGUGCACAUGGAAAAUUUGCAGUUUAAUUGUGGCGCGAACUUUACUCCAACUAACUCUUUCUUACGAUCUUUAUGAACUAAAUAACAAUUCCGUGGUGACAGUUUAUGGACAAUCGACCUGUGAUUCAAGUAUUUGUAACAACUUUCAAGGAUUGGAUUCAGUGACAGUGAAGUUUGUGAGUUUGUUUUCAUUUGCCCCUGGACAACACGCCUUUCAUACUUGGCAUUCAAGUACUAGAUGUAUCGAGAGACGUGAGUUAGGAAGAGGAGAAAAGCGGAUGAUACACGAGUUUGCUUUUUUGUAAGGUACACGCAAAAAAAGCGUAAAAUGGGAAAACUCCUGAGCCUUCUGGCUCGCGACGAGUCCACUUGCUGUACACCUCAAAAAUAUGACGUCUUCCUCGACUUUGAAAACGCUCAACCCUCGGACAAUGAACGAGAGACUUUCGAAGCGGUACAAAGAGUUUUGAAAAACUCCGAGUCUAUACUCGAGGAAAUACAGUGCUACAAAGGCGCUGGCAAGGAGAUUCGCGAGGCUAUUUCAGCACCGACUGAAGAGUGCCAGCGCAAAGCGUACCUGACUGUUGCACCUCUAGUUGCCAAGCUCAAAAAAUUCUAUGAAUUUUCCUUGGAACUUGAAAUAGUGGUACCAAAGAUUCUGGGUCAACUGUGUUCCGGAAAUCUCUCACCCACACAGCACCUGGAAACCCAACAGGCCCUGGUGAAACAACUGGCAGAAAUUCUUGAAUUCGUUCUAAAAUUCGAUGAAUAUAAAAUGAAAACUCCAGCGAUCCAAAAUGACUUCAGUUACUACCGUAGAACCUUGACUAGAGCAUCACUAGUGAGACAAGACAAUAUAGAGAGUGACCUGGUGGUUGGUAACGAACUUGCCAACCGAAUGUCCUUAUUCUACGCUAAUGCCACACCCAUGCUUCGAGUACUGAGUCAUGCUACCAUAACAUUUUUGAUGGAGAGGCAGGAUAUCCCAAGGGAAAAUAUCACUGAAACUAUUGGGACAAUGGCCAAAGUAUGCUUGAGGAUGCUGGAAAAUCCAACAAACAAAAUUAGGGAAGCGGAAACGGAGAAAGCUAGAUUAUCAGAGGAGAAACUCCAUGCUUCAUUUUUAAACUCUUAUUAAUUACUGCUUAGUUUUAAUAUUAUUGUAUUGAUUACGUUAAUUAUAAGUAAAAAUGCUUCAUUGCACACGAUGCGCUGUUAUCGUUCUGUCAAUAUUAUAGUUCUCGACAAUGUAAUUUAACGACUGCCGGAACAGAACUUCCUCUGCAGUUUACUGGAGCAUUGAAUCGCCGUGUCGACACAGCAUAUCACAUGCGCAAAAAAAAUCAGGUGAUGGAGUUUUUUUUUUCUUUUCAAGUGAAAGACAUUGUUUAAUCUACGUUGGUGCAUUAGUAGAUUUUUACAUGUUGUUUUUGUUUAAGAAAAAAAACCGUUGUUAGCUGUGAGUAAGAAUAUAAUUGAAGUGAAAAAAUAAUGUUGAAUGCGGAUAUUAACAGAAAAUUGAGGGAUAAUUUUGUGUUCGAAUACUGCCAGUGUAAUGUGAAGUAAAAAUUUUCUCCCAAAUUCGUUCAAAAUUCUACUAACCAAUAAUGGUAAUGAUAUAAACUAAAUUAUCAAGUUUAUAAACGUAUGAGAAUAAAAAAUUUUCACCAUCCACCAUAAUUUUGACCUUGGAAUUUCAAUCAAUUACUGUAUGCAGAUAGAAAAGUAUUAUUGACAAGAACCAAAGAUAUAUCUAUAUUGUACAUUAUGUAGAACGGUAAUUGGCGAAAUUUCCUAAUAUUAAUAUCCAGAAAAAUUGAGAUUCUAAAUGAAAAAUCAAUUGGUAUUAACAUGUUGUCGAUAUGAUCGAAUAAGUCUAGAUAAUAUUGUCACUUGCACGUGACGCAUGGUCACUAUGAAUUGUAUGUAAAAAAAAACAUUGGGACACGUUCAUAGAACAAGAAAAUUACGCAACAUCGGUUGAGUAUUGUGAAUUCUUACCGAUCAUCUUAAAAAUCGGAUUUUCUGUCUGGAUUAUCCAUAGAGGUUUAUAGGCUAUCUUUAAAAUUCAACAAUAUAUUGGUGUGUAAUGGUUUCCUUCAUGUCAUUUCCAUGAUUAUGGCUUAAGCCACUCAGCAUUUAUAAGCGCACAUUAUUCUCUGUACGAUCAAAUUAUUUUUUGUUUCUUUUGGUACUCAAUGUAACGUAUUUCAUAAAAUAUGACUGAUGAUGCCCUUUUAAA